AUGAAUCUUUUAACGCCUACAAAACCCGCAUCUAAGGAUAAAGGGAUUUCGCGGCACAACGAGUCUGUUGCAUCACAAAAAGAGGUAUUUGCUCAAGGGUCACAACAACUGAGCCAGAAAAUUGGUAGUCGACAGAAAAACAAAAGGGAUCUUCCAGUGACUUCUUUGCCAAAAAAAGGUGCUUUUGUGCCUCGAUACCAGAUAUCUCUUGAAACACUUGUUGACUCAUCAGAUAUGGCAACAGCUGGUGCUAUUCGCUUACUGGAUAUGGAGGAAGAUAUCUUUGGUUAUUCAUGCACUGAAACAAUCGGAAAAGAAGAUCUGGAACAUAUUUUUCGGCAUCAAGAAUUAGGCGUCGGUGUUAUACACACAUACAUCCGGUUCUUGUAUGACAAUUUCAUGCGCGGGAAUGAUCAAUUGUCAAACAGAUUCCGUUUCGUGUCUUCCUCCCUGGUCAACAAAGCAUUAAUUUGUAGGGAACCGGAUUCAUGUAGAGAGUACUUAGUCAAGAGAUUCAUGGCCAGCAGUACAAACAACUUAUAUCUUUGGCCGUAUAAUUCAGGGUGUCACUGGUUGUUGCUUGCUAUUGAUCCUUUAAAAGAAGUGGUAUAUUUUCUGAAUUCGAUAGAUGGUGAAUGGACAAAUUAUCCGGAUAUGAAGCAAUUAGUUGAUACGUAA